CAGUGGCUCUCAACGCAAAGCCCCUGUCAUCUUGCUUGCGCUGCUGCUUGCUCAUUCCCGAUGUGCCAACUGGAAAGAGGAGAGAAGCGACGUUAGUUGUUUGAACGUUAAGGGGAAAACGUUAGGAGAGCCAUGGCGAACUCAGGACAAAAAGUGGUGCUAAUCACCGGUUGCUCCUCCGGGAUCGGGCUGAGGAUGGCGGUGAUGCUUGCUAAGGACGAGAAACAGCGCUUUCACGUCAUUGCCACCAUGCGAGACCUGAAGCGUAAAGACAAGCUGGUGGAGGCAGCAGGUGAUGCGUACGGGAAGAGCCUCUCUCUAGCUGUGUUGGACGUGUGUACGGACGAGUCAGUCAAACAGUGUAUCAACGGAAUCAAGGACAGACAUGUAGACGUACUCAUUAAUAAUGCAGGUAUAGGUCUGGUGGGACCGGUGGAAAGCAUCAGUAUAGCUGAGAUGAAGAGUGUGUUUGAGACCAACUUCUUCGGUGUGAUCCGGAUGAUCAAGGAGGUGAUGCCAGAUAUGAAGAAGAGGAAGGGAGGACACAUCAUAGUGGUCAGCAGUGUCAUGGGACUACAGGGUGUGGUGUUUAAUGACGUGUAUGCUGCCUCUAAGUUUGCAAUGGAAGGGUUUUGUGAGUGUCUGGCUGUACAGCUGCUCAAGUUUAACGUCACUAUGUCUAUGAUAGAGCCAGGCCCGGUCCAUACAGAGUUUGAAUCUAAGAUGAUUCAGGACGUCCGUCAGAAAGAGUUCCCUGGGGCCGAUGCCGAUACCGUCAACUACUUUAAAAACGUCUACCUGCCCUCCUCCGUCGACAUCUUUGAGACGCUAGGACAGACCCCCGAUGACAUUGCCAGGUGUACGAAGAAGGUGAUUGAGCAGGGCAGUUCUGCACGGUUCCGGAACCUUACCAACCCGCUGUACACGCCCAUCGUGGCACUGAAGUAUGCAGAUGAGACGGGCGGCCUGUCAGUGCACGCCUUCUACCAUAUGUUGUUCAACCUGGGGCCCCUGAUGCACGUUAGCAUGAAGGCUAUGCAGUACCUGACCUGUGGAUGUCUACGCUCCAGGACCAUCUCCCCUAACUAGACAUGGACACACACACACACACACACACACAAACACAAACACAAACACAAACACAAACACACACACACACACACACACACACAGAGAGAGAGACACACGCACAGACACACGGGCAUGCAGAGACACACACACACACGGGUACGCAGAGACACACACACACACACAGAGACACACGAGCAUACAGAGACACACACACACACACAGAGAAACACACGAGCAUGCAGAUACGCAAACACAUGGGCACGCAGAGACAAGUGCCAGGCACACAGAGACACACACACACACACACUAGUAUGCAGUACCUCACCUGUGGAUGUCUGCGCUCCAGAAACAUCUCACCCAACACACACACUCACACGGAGAGUCAAGACACACACUUUGAAGACAAACUCAAAACACCCCCUGCAGUUUUAAAGUGUUCCUCCCUCUGUGAGCUGCCAUACUUUGUACUGUUUGUUUUGAUAGAAGCAGAACCUCCAGAAGUUGAAAUGUAACCUCUCUGUCUGUCUAACAUAGACUAUGUAUGUAUAGAUACUAUCUUGUAUGUAAUGUAUGUCAUUUUGAAUAGAAUG